GUCAAGUAUGGAUGAUGAAAUUGCCUUGAAUGAUGACAUUGCAGGCUUCGACAAUAGAACUAUACGCAAAAACUUCUUAUGUAAAAUUUACAGUAUUGUUAUGUGCCAACUACUAAUCGCUAUAGCAUUUAUAAGUAUGGCAACUUUUCAUGAUCCCACUAGACUUCUUUUAAAAUCAUAUCCUAGCCUCAGUAUCAUCACAAGUAUUAUUACUUUAGGUAUUUUAAUUGCACUCGCUUCCAGUGAAAAUUUACGCCGCAAGAGUCCAUAUAACUAUAUUUUCUUGUUUGUGAUUACAUUAGCUCUAUCAUUUUUAUUAGCAGUGUCCGUGUCUCGUUACUAUCCUAGACAAGUGCUUUCGGCUCUCAUCCUAGCUACAAUAAUUUGUUUUGGUCUCACAAUAUUUGCUCUUCAAACUAAAAUAGAUUUUACAGUCUUCGGUAGUUUCUUAAUGGUAGCUGUAACAAUUUUACUUGUUGCAUCUGUUGUUGUUAUAUUAUUUCCGGAAAAAUUAAUGACACUUAUAAUUGCAUGUGUGGGGUCAAUAGUCUAUUCGUUAUAUCUUAUUUAUGAUACCCAGAUGAUGGUCGGCAGUAACCAUAUGUAUGUAAUAACUCCAAGAGAGUAUGUACUUGCAGUAUUAUCCAUUUAUAUAGAUAUAAUUAAC